GUGAAAAGUUGUCGGGAGAUUAGACCGCGUGAUAAAAGUAUGGGAUUAUAAAAACUCUGUGUUUUGUGUCGAGGAGCUGCGCGGUGUGAGUGAGGUUAGAGUGCAGUCUGUGCUCCCACUGCGCGACAGGCUGCCAUGAGUGACACCAGAGGAAACGAGGAGGAAAAUGAAGUUACACUUUUACUCACAAACGGCAUGGGCAGCCAGAGCAGAGAAGCCUCCUUCGCUUUUUCUGUUUUUAACCUGAUGAAUGCCAUCAUGGGCAGUGGCAUUCUGGGCCUAGCUUAUGCAAUGGCCAACACAGGCAUUGUUGGAUUUUGUUUACUUCUGAUGUUAGUGUCUUCUCUGGCAGCCUACUCAGUCCACCUCCUCCUAAAGCUUUGUGACCAAACAGGUAUCAAUUCAUACGAAAGUCUUGGGGAGCGGGCAUUACAAAAACCUGGAAAGGUCUUGGUUGGAUGUGCUAUUUUGAUUCAAAACAUUGGUGGUGAGUCAAUUCCUUGACACCUACGAGUACCAAUA